AUGGCAAGCCUCUUCCACCAACACGACGCAUUGGUUGUGAUUGCCGACAUCCAGGACGAGCUAGGUCAGGCCCUGGCUGCGAAGCUGGGCCAGCAGGCCUCCUAUGCCCACUGUGACGUUUCCAUCAAGGCCAAUGUGCGCGACCUUAUGGACGCCGGUGUGGCCAACCACGGCCGGCUUGACUUCAUGUACAACAACUCCGGGGUCCUCAACCGGCCUUUGCGGGCAUCCUCGACACAUCUCUCGCCGACCUCGACCGCGUCCUCCGCAUCAACCUCUACGGGGCCUUCCAUGAGGCAAGCCACACGGCACGGUCAUGGUGCUGCAACGCUAGGGCUACGGCCCUGUUUAGUUCAGCAUUUGGAAUGCUCAUUUGGGCUCUGA